GAUCUUAAAUAAACCGUAUAAAGCCCGUUGUAUUGGUUACGAGAUUACACACCAGAGUGCUGGGACCUGGCGCGACCCUGGUAACUCAUUUCCAGAGAAAGAUCAUGGCCCAGAACGGGACUAAAGCGAACGGGCUGCCAGAGGAGAAGGUUUUCCCACGUCCGCUGAAGGAUGUGGAAGUCAGGCACACUAAGAUUUUUAUCAAUAAUGAAUGGCACUGCUCUGUUAGUGGGAAGAAGUUCUCCACAUAUAAUCCCGCAACAGGUGCGAAGAUCUGCGACGUGGAGGAGGCCGAUAAGGCCGAUGUGGAGAAGGCAGUGGAGGCGGCCAAGGUGGCUGGCCAGAGGGGGUCUACCUGGAGAAAGACGGACGCAUCCAGCCGUGGGGGCCUGCUGAAUAAGCUUGCCGAUCUUUUGGAAAGGGACCGCCACCUACUGGCCACCAUGGAGUCGAUGGACACGGGAAAGCCCUUUUUGCACUCCUUCUUCAUCGACCUGGACGGCAGCAUCAAAACGCUGCGAUACUUUGCUGGAUGGGCCGACAAAAUCCAGGGCAAGACGAUGCCCGUGGAUGACAGCUUUCUGUGCUUCACUAAACACGAACCAAUCGGCGUCUGCGGGGCAAUUAUUCCAUGGAACUUCCCCCUGCUGAUGUUCACGUGGAAGAUCGCCCCGGCGCUGUGCUGCGGCAACACCGUGGUCCUGAAGCCGGCCGAGCAGACGCCGCUCACAGCCCUCCACAUGGGGGCGCUGAUCAAGGAGGCCGGAUUCCCCCCGGGGGUCGUAAACAUCCUGCCUGGCUUCGGACCCACUGCAGGGGGCGCCCUCGCCUGCCACACGGACGUGGGCAAGGUGGCCUUCACGGGGUCCACUGAGGUCGGGAAGCUGAUCCAGCAGGAAUCGGGAAGGAGCAAUCUGAAGAGAGUGACACUGGAGCUGGGAGGGAAGAACCCCUGCAUCGUUCUGGCCGACGCUGAUUUGCGGAAGGCUGUGGAGGAGGCCCAGCAGGGGGCGUUCUUCAACCAGGGCCAGUGCUGCACUGCCGCCUCGCGCGUCUUCGUGCAGGAGGAGGUGUACCAGGAGUUUGUGCGCCUCAGCGUGGAGCGCGCCAAGCGCGUGGUGCCGGGGGACCCCAUGGACCCACGGACAUCACACGGGCCGCAGAUUGACCAGGAGCAGUUCGACAAGAUCAUGGAGAUGAUCAAGAGCGGCAAGCGGGAGGGGGCCAAGCUGGAGUGUGGGGGCGUCGCUGUCCGGACCCAGGGCCUCUACAUCCAGCCCACCGUGUUCUCUGAGGUCCAGGAUCACAUGCGCAUCGCAAAGGAAGAGAUCUUCGGCCCCGUGCAGUGCAUUCUCAAGUUCAAAACCCUGGAGGAAGUGAUCCAGAGGGCAAACAGCACGGAAUACGGCCUGGUCGCCGCGGUAUUUACGCGGAGCGUGGACCAGGCGCUGUGCUUGUCCAGUGCUCUGCAGUGUGGGACUGUUUGGGUGAACUGCUACAACGCCCUGCACGCCCAGACCCCCUUCGGCGGCUACAAGAUGUCCGGCUUCGGGCGAGAGCUGGGUGAGUACGCACUGAGGGAGUACACCGAGGUUAAAGCCGUGACCAUCAAACUGGCGGAGACGCCGGGGGAGACCAGCAGAGACACACUGCCCCUGUAGCAGCGGACCGUGCUUGGGGGGGGGGGGUUGCCAUGGGAGCACUACCCACCAGAGUUGUCACCGGGGCCCAGCCUGGCUACUCUCCCACCUGUCUCAGUCCAGGUUGCCAGGUGGCACUUAUAAAGAUCCCAAGCUUUUCUUGUCAGUAAUCCGGAAAAAAAUGGCAACUUCCUUAAGCUACAUUAUACUUGUCCUAAUACCUAUGUCAAAGGAAUGCUGUUUGUCACAUGACCACAGGGGUAGCAUUUAAAUCCAAUCAGAGACAGGCUGGAAGCUCAUGAGGGGUCUUAAGCAUCACUACUAUUAUUCUUAUAUACUGAAUGACUUUCCUGUUAUUUUCCUUAUAGUAUGUUGCACUUAGGGAAUUCCAGUAUGUGUAUCCUUAUGUGUCAGGCCUCAUAAGCUUGCUAUAACAUCCAGUGAAUUCUGCACUGCGUUUGCAGUGCUCAGUGUGGAGAAGCUGUAAGCACCCAGCACUCAUCAGGUGAAUGUUGACUGACAAAAGUCUGACGUUGCAGAGUCAUUGUUGGACACUUGGGCCUUGGCUUCCAUGAGGAACAAGAACUGGUUCUCGUCUGGUGUUACUGUGUCCUAAACUGUUAGACCAUCUGGUCACUGAGGUGAUUCAUAAAAGUGUCAUUUUACACUGGUGGGAACGUGGGCUAUAAAAUUGUAUGUUGUACGAAAAAUUGUUUUUGUACAAACUUAAACAUGUAAACUUAAAUGUUUUUAUUUUCUCAAUUUAAUAAUUUUGUAACAAAGAAACAUUACAGGGAACUCAAAUAUUUUUAUUUCCAAAAAGAAAACGCGGAGCUGGGAAUGUCAGGAUGAUUGCCAGAUGCUUCUAUUACUUGUAGCCAAGAGGUUGUAUCAAUCUGUUUUGUACUCAGUUUUUAAAGAGUGCUUUUUAACUCCAUAAAAAAUAACUAUGCCUUUUAAAUAAAAGCUCUAUAUACAGAGA